AUGGACAGAAAUGGAGGAGGUUUCUUCCGUAUUGCGCCGCCCGGGAUUUCUCGAAAUAGGGGUUCGCAGGGGCCGGCGCCUUACCAGUGCACUUCGCCAUCGCAGACCACCGUGUGUCCAUUGAGUCUGCAGGUGGGCAUGGAGUUGGCAUUUCUUGCUUCACGAGUCCAUAAAGAGAAAGCAGGUAGCUCUCGAAAAGCUCUUCAGCCUGCUCAGCCCGCACAGCACACUUGCCCAGCGGUUGCAGAACCCUUCAUGCCGCACGGUGAAGAGUUAGCAUUUAAUCCUCCCAUUAGAGUGCAAGAUUGCAAUCCGUUUCAACAGCCGCUGAGACCCUUGGAGAUCCGGGGGACCAAGGUUCAUUUGGAUCCGCAGGAGCCCGCAGGUUCUGAGGGACCCUCCUCCUGUGCGUUCGAAUUGUCUAUGAGGGGAAGACUCUCAGAUCUGGUUCUAGAGGGCAGGCUUCAAGGAGCUGCAUACGCAAUUCUGGAGGUGGACAGCAGUUGGGUCUGGCUGCUUAGCGCUUAUGGCUUAUACAGCCCCAAGGCGUCCCGUGUGGUCGAGCAACUGUUGCGCAAGUUUGGGGAGCGUCUCAGCACGUAUCAACAAGAUGGAGAAACUCCACCUCACAAUGGCCUUCCAUCCUCGGCGAACUGCAGCAGCAGUCCCCGCAGUAGUAGCUCUGCCGGCGCACAGGAAGCAGAGCCCCUAGCUGGACAGAUGAGAACCUCAGAGGACCUCAGCGGCAGUAUCAUCGAGAACAGCCUCGGUUCAUUUUGA